UAAAGAAAAAAAAAAAAGAAUUCGUAGCUUUCAGGAAUCUGUUGAACUUUGAUAUGGUGUUUACUGAAGUUAGUGUUAACAACGAGAGAAAAUAAAAGGACAAAUUGAUGUGUUCACCGGAUGUUUGGCUGCGCCGCCUGCUGUUAGAGCCCGGAGCUGAGGAAAGCACACACAGCACCGCCCCCGCAGACCCAGUGUGCAACGGAGCCACAGAACCGGCUCUGGUCCGACUCACAGAGGUUGUUCAGGACCAGAUGAAGGUCUCCCUGGCUAAUGCUGAGGAUCAACCCCAGAAGGAUUUGGACACCAUCACUCAGCUGAAGCAGAAGAAUUCUGACCUGACAGACCAGGUGGUGAUAAUGAUAGAAAAUAUGGGAAAAUGCAAACAACUGAUGUUUGACCACAGCACAGAGUUUGCUAAUCUAAUAAAAGAGUGUGUACAAGACUGGGAGAAAACACUCAAGGUCUCCCUUGCUAAAGCUGAGAAGAAACAGCAGAAGGCUGUGAAGAUCAUCACUCAGCUGGAGAAGGAGAAAUCAGAUCUGACAAACCAGCUGGAGACACUGAAGGGCACAGUAAGGGUCAUGGAGAAGCAGCUCUCUGAGACUCACUUGCAGCAUGCUGAGCUCAGGGUCUCUCUGGCUAAUGCUGAGGAGCAACACCAGAAGGAUUUGGACACCAUCACUCAGCUGAAGCAGAAGAAUUCUGACCUGACAGACCAGGUGGUGACAAUGAUAGAAAGUAUGGAAGAAAGCAAACAACUGAUGUUUGACCACAGCGCAGAGUUUGAUAAUCUAAUAAAAGAGUGUGUACUAGACUGGGAGGAAACACUCAAGGUCUCCAUUGCUAAAGCUGAGAAGAAACAGUGGAAGGCUGUGAAGAUCAUCACUCAGCUGGAGAAGGAGAAAUCAGAUCUGACAAACCAGCUGGAGACACUGAAGGGCACAGUAAGGGUCAUGGAGAAGCAGCUCUCUGAGACUCACUUGCAGCAUGCUGAGCUCAGGGUCUCCCUGGCUAAUGCUGAGGAGCAACACCAGAAGGAUUUGGACACCAUCACUCAGCUCGUUCAGGAGAAUUCUGACCUGACAGACCAGGUGGUGAUACGGAAAGGAAGUAUUGAGGCAUGCAAACAACUGAUGUUUGACCACAGCACAGAGUUUGCUAAUCUAAUAAAAGCGUGUGUACAAGACUGGGAGGAAAUACUCAAGGUCUCACUGGCUAAAGCUGAGCACAAACAGCAGAAGGCUGCGAAGAUCAUCACUCAGCUGGAGAAGGAGAAAUCAGAUCUGACAAACCAGCUGGAAACAUUGAAGGAUCAUGCAGAAGCAGCUCUCCGAGACUCACUUGCAGCAUGCUGAGCUCAGGUGCAUGAGAGAGCAGGAGGCUCACAACAUCCUCAAGGCUGAGAACCAUAAGGUGAAGAUGAUGAACGAUGAAGAUCAGUUACUGACUGUAAACAUUUAUUUUUUUGUAAAACUGUGACUUGCCUUGUAAACUUUGUCUGCUGUACUAAACUGUGAAACAGCUCAUUUGAAGCUUUCUACAUGAAAUCUGUUUUUACAGAAACAAAGCCAACCUCUUGGGUCCGUUGAGCAUAAAUUGGAUCUAAAUGGAUGUUUCUCAGGAAUGUUUCUCUCUGAAAAGAUAAAAGUGUCUCUCUGUGUCUCAGCAUUUCAGAUAGCUGUUUUCUAAAAUGAUAGUCUUUCUUCAUUACUUACGCUUCCAUGAGUUCUUUGUCUUUCCCAAAUGAUUACUUGUUCCACACAGUGACAGAAGGGAUGUGAGCUUAGUGGUUAUCGAGUUGGACUGCUGAUUGGAAGGUUGUAAGUUCGAGGUCUCAGGUUCACCAAGCUGCUUCUGCUGGGUCCUGAGCAAGGCCCUUAACCCUCAAUUGCUCAGUUGUAUAAACUAACAUAAAAUGUAAGUUGCAAAAUGUAAGUGGUUCAAUAGAGUAAACUUUGUGUUAACUGUGA